GAUGGAAUUAGUGAGGAUGUUAAUAAUGGUGAUGAUGCUGCUAUUGCUAUUGCUGUUGUUGCUGCUGUUGCUGUUGCUGUUGCUGUUGCUGUUGCUGUUGCUGUUGCUGCUGACAAUGCUGAUGAUGAUGCUUUGGUUGUAGUAUUUUUGUCGUCGCUGUUGUUGCUGUUGUUGCUGUCGUUGGUACUGAUGCCGAUGGUAAUAAUGAUGCUGGGAUAUAAGGAUGAUGAUAUUGGUACUGGUAGUAUCGCUAGUUGCGAUAUGUUGUUGGUGUUGGUAGUGGUCGGUAAGAAAAUGGUAAAAUUAGAUUGA